CCCAGAAGAAGAACAUGAACCAGGAAAACCCAUAUACACACAGAGACACACACACACACACACACAUACACACACGUGUGUAAGAAAAGCUGGCGUUCAAUGCUGCCUGGUCCCUCCUGAAUAUCACCAGACGCAGCGCCUCCGUCAAGCUCGGAUCCAUUUGGAGGUCCCUGCAAGUGUUUGGCAUUUGGAGAAUAAGAAGCGUUUCUCGGAUCCGCAGCCACAGCUACCUCAGCUCCACAGACGCUGUGCUCUAAUGGCUGAGUCCGAGCCUGUGCACGUCCCCGUCCCAGUCGCAGAAAAGAGAGGGUGUCCGGAGGAUGAAGAAGAUGAUACACCAUCAAAGAAACCAAAACUUGAGAGUGAUCAUGAAAAUGGGGGUCCUCCCAAGCAAGAUGAGAUGGAUGAGCCUGAAGGGGAAGCAAGUGAUGGAGAGGAGGAUGGUGACACAUUUGCUGACAUGAUGAAGCAUGGGCUCACUGAGCUGGAUGUCGGCAUCCUAAAGUAUGUCAGUGACCACGAGGGCUUCUCAGGAGUCUUGAAGGAAAGAUAUUCUGAUUUUGUUGUGCAUGAAAUCAACAAAGAAGGCAAGAUUGUGCAUUUGGAUGACCUCUCUGUCCCAUCAGAGGCUGAGGAUGCCCAAGAGGCUGAACAGCCACCAAAGGAAUGUGACCUGCUAACUGAAGAGCAGAAAAAGCAGCUCGGAGAGCUGCAGCUCUUCAAGAACAAAGAGGGAAAUGUCUCCAUUGAGGUACUAGAUGAUACUAAAGAGAAGCGCACACUGCUUCACAAAGCCAUCAAGACUCAGUUUCCUGGUUUGGAAACAAAGACGGAAGAAAAGGAAGGGCGCAAGUUUAUAGUGGCUUACCAUGCUGCUGGGAAAAAGGCUUUAGCAGAAGUCAAAGCAACUACAGCUCCAAGGAAACACUUUUGGCCCAAAAACCGUGGCAGCUUCUGCCACUUUGUUCUGUACAAGGAGAACAAAGACACCAUGGAUGCUAUCAACGUGCUUUCAAAGUUCCUCAGGCUUAGACCCAACAUGUUUUCCUACAUGGGAACCAAGGACAAGAGAGCCAUUACUGUGCAGGAGAUAGCAGUGCUCAAGAUCACUGCAGAGAGGCUGGCUCACCUCAACAAGUGCCUCAUGAACCUCAAGCUCGGAAACUUCUGCUACAAAAAACACCCUCUAAAGCUCGGGGAACUGCAGGGAAACCAUUUCACUGUGGUGAUCAGGAACAUCACAGGAACAGAUGAGCAGGUUCAUCAGGCAAUGACAUCCCUCAGGCAGACAGGAUUCAUCAACUACUACGGCAUGCAGCGUUUCGGAACAACAGCCGUGCCCACGCAUCAUGUUGGCAGGGCAAUUCUGAAAAACGACUGGAAUGAGGUGGUGGAUUUAAUUCUGAAACCCCGUCCUGGCGCAGAGAAAGAAUUUCUGGUCCGCUGCAGGGAAGAGUGGGCAAAAACUCAGGAUCCGGAGGCGGCGCUGAAAAAGCUUCCCAACAAGCGCUGUGUGGAAGGACAGCUACUGAGAGGCCUGUCUGCGUAUGGCAAGAAAAACAUUGUCACUGCAUUUGGACUGAUCCCCCGUAACAACCGCCUGAUGUACAUCCACAGCUACCAGAGCGUAGUGUGGAACACCAUGGUGAGCCGCAGAAUUGAAGCCUUCGGCCUGAAGGCUGUGGAGGGAGACCUGGUGCUCAGAGGAACCACAGCUCACGUGCUUUCUGCAGAGGAGGCAGAGAGCCACUCCAUCCACGACACUGUGAUGCCACUUCCAGGGUUUGAUGUCAUCUACCCCACACACCACGUCGGUGAAGGUUACAGAGAGCUGCUCGCUGCAGACGGCCUGGACAUCGACAACAUGAGGCACAAAGUGAAGGACUACUCUCUGGCUGGAGCCUACAGGCGCGUCAUCAUCAGACCCACUGAUGUCAGCUGGGAAGUCAUUCAUUAUGAUGACCCCAGGGUGUCGCUGGUGCAUACUGAUUUUGAGAAACUGGAGAGCAAACCUGCCCCGGUCUUCAACAAAGAGGGGAAAUAUCGGGCUCUACGGAUGGAGUUCUCCCUGCCUCCCUCGACCUACGCUACUAUGGCAAUCAGAGAGGUCCUCAAGUUGGACACUAGCAUCAAGAAACAGACGCAGCUCAACACCACCUGGUUUAACUGAGACCGCAACACUUUCAGGCAUAAACUGGACAGAGGCUAUUUACUGUUGUAUUUUUUUAAGUCAUGUGUAGUAUGAGUGUGAGAGGAUUUGGGUUUAUACGAACCCAAACGGAAUUUCUUUGAACUACAAAGAGCAACCGUUUAUUAUUAUUGAACUUUUUUUAAUGGUUUUAUUUGCUCUGAAAGCUUGUUGUGCUGCAGCGAUUUAGAGUAUAUUGACAGUGAUUUAAAUAUUCAGUGUGCUUUCAGGGCGCUCACACAUACAGUAGUCCCUGCUGCUGUUGCUGGUUUGUACAGAUUUUUUUUUUUUUUUUUU